AUGAGCAACAGCAUGAGCGACACUCAAGACUCGCACGACCAGACGUGGGCCUGCCUGGCUCAAGAGCAGGUCCCCACAUCCUCUUUCCGCAAGUGGCAGGAGGCCGCGACCGCGUUCUAUGCCGCAUUGGAGCCGGAAGGGCGCAACAGCUAUGUCGCCGAUCAGAUGCGCGUACCCUGGGACGUCAGCAGCUCCGAUGACCUCGACUACGCAGACAAGUUCGAGCAGCGUCCGGUGCGCAACGUUGCUGCGCUCCGCGAGACUGCCGGCGCCCACCUGCUCGAGGCUGACGACUUGGAGAUUGAGUCGCUCCUCACUCGAUUCUGGGCGAGUCUGAGGACUGACGACGAACGUGAGGCGGCCGAGGAUAGCAGUGUCGAGACCAAGAGAGCACAGGCAAGGAUGUCGGCGAUCCUCAAGCUGCAGCUACUGGCUCAGGCCAAGAAGCUGGCCGCCAGCGCCGGCACGCCACAGGAGAUGGAAGCGAGCGAGAGCGACAACGAUUCAGAAGCGGCUGCUCAGUCCGAUGCAGAGUUGUCUGGCGUGCCGCGCAACAAGAAGAAGAUGAAGCGCCAUCGCUCGUCCUCAUCGGAGUGA